CAGAAGGGGAGUAUACAUACAUGCACAAAGACAGAAAGCACAAAUCAUACGUGGUUUUCGUGGUUCGGAAAUAUUUGGCGUUGUAUGCAUUGUGCUUGUUCAGUGAAAAUGCUGAUGGACCCGGUCUUGGACUUGGAGCGCUGAGCUGAGCUGAGCUGUGCGCAUCUGUACACGGUGCUGGGGGACAGCUGAAGGCGGAUUCGACUGGACUGGUGGAGGCAGAGGGAGAAGAGACCACCACACACACACACCACCGCACUGGCUGCCUUGGCUAGCCCGAGGCGUGGAGAACGCAAGCGAUCCCCGGGGCAGGAUUUGUAUUGUGGAAGCAGCUUUCCCCUGCGGGCAAGUCGGCGGGCAGCAUAGGAGAGAAACGGACCUUCUGAUUUCGAUGCCCCACGCGAUCGCAACUCUAUUUCCCGUCAUUACACAGCGGCGCACAACUGCACACACGCGCGUCUGCUCUACCAGGCAACCAGAGCCACGCCGGUGUUUUCAUAUCGGCACCAGCCAGCAGCACCAUCCGACGCGGAAAGGGGGGUUCGUUGAAGCCGCAUUGGACACCUUUUACAGGAAAUAUCUGACCCACUACUAUCCCCUGUCCAAUGACGGAAUAGGCCAGUUGUAUUUCGCUCCACUCGUUUGGGUAUUGUAAGCUAAACGCGCAACGCAGACGGAGAAUAUCAGCGGGCAACAGCAGAGAGAAAAAACAUACUUCUUGCAGAAACGGCGUGUGGCGUGAUACCAGAAAUAACCAGAGAAGUCGGCCAUUGGUUAUUUCUGUCUCCUUUUGUCUGCCUAUUAGAGACGGGCGUUUUUUCUCAAACGGCUCCGAGCUCACAACCACCAUCAACACGGCUGAGUCGUCGGGCAGCGGGGACUGGCUGAAUCACCAGCCGGGGAGUAGGCCGCAGGAUAUGGGCAACAAUCCCGCCUCCAGGCGCGGUAGCGACAUGGAGAGUGUGAAGGAGUUCCUCGUCAGAGCCAAAGAAGACUUCUUGAGGAAAUGGGAGAACCCUGCACAGAACACAGCGUCCCUGGAGCAGUUUGAGAGGCUGAAAACUCUGGGAACGGGUUCAUUUGGCCGAGUGAUGCUCGUCAAGCACAGAGACACCGGCCAGCACUACGCUAUGAAGAUACUGGACAAACAGAAGGUGGUGAAGUUGAAGCAGAUAGAGCACACUCUGAAUGAGAAGCGGAUUCUUCAGGCCGUCAGCUUCCCCUUCCUGGUCCAGCUGGAGUACUCCUUCAAGGAUAAUACCAAUCUCUACAUGGUGAUGGAAUAUGUCGUCGGUGGUGAGAUGUUCUCGCACUUGAGGAAAAUCGGACGCUUCAGUGAGCCCCAUGCCCGUUUCUAUGGCGCCCAGAUCGUGUUGACCUUUGAGUAUCUCCACGCCCUCGACCUCAUCUACAGAGACCUAAAGCCGGAGAACCUACUCAUAGACCAGCAGGGAUACAUACAGGUAACAGAUUUUGGCUUUGCCAAGCGGGUGAAGGGUCGGACGUGGACGCUGUGUGGAACCCCAGAAUACCUGGCCCCUGAAAUCAUCCUCAGCAAGGGCUACAACAAGGCUGUUGACUGGUGGGCGUUGGGAGUGCUGGUCUAUGAGAUGGUAGCUGGCUAUCCGCCUUUCUUCGCAGAUCAGCCCAUUCAGAUCUACGAGAAGAUCGUCUCAGGAAAGGUCCGGUUCCCAUCCCACUUCAGUUCGGACCUAAAGGAUCUUCUCCGCAGCCUUCUGCAGGUGGACUUGACCAAGCGCUAUGGCAACCUGAAGAAUGGGGUUAGUGACAUCAAGGGCCACAAGUGGUUCGCCACCACUGAUUGGAUCGCCAUCUACCAGAGGAGGGUGGAGGCCCCGUUCGUCCCCCAGUUCAAGGGCCCCGGAGACACCAGCAACUUCGACGAGUACGAGGAGGAGGAGGUGCGCGUCUCCUUCAACGAGAAGUGCGCCACCGAGUUUGCCGAGUUCUGAACGUGCCGCCGAGUUCCACGUUCCACGUUCCGAGGUUCCAACCAUACACGGACGGACAGAUGGACGGCUGGAUGGAUGGAUGACGUAGAGAACAUUUGAGUGUCGAGUUUCACGUGUCAAAUGUCGGGGUGUCUGCUACAAACAUGGCUAAAAUGGGGGCUGAACUGGCAUACGGGGCGUUUUCCCGGUGGGACAGUUACCGGGGGUUGAUACUGAUGUUUUUGUUUUUGUUUGUGUGUUUGUUUUAUUCUAAUCGGGCCGACUGACCAUAUUGACUGACGGACGGACGGUGUGCAGAACAUUCGAGUGUCGCGAUUCAAGUGUCGAAUUUCACGUGUCAGAUGUCGGGGUGUCUGCUGCUACAUGGCUAAAUGGGGGCUGGACUGGUAAUCUGGCGUGCAGGGGUACGGUGGGCAGACUACAGUCACCGAGGGCCGAUAAUGAUGUUUUUGUUUUUGUUUUUGUUUGUGUGUUUUUUCUGACUGGACCGAUAGGCCGCAUGGCAGAGACGACGUAGAGAACAUUUGAGUGUCGCGAAUCAAGUGUCGAAUUUCACAUGUCAAAUGUCAGGGUCAGUGUCUUCUACAACACGGCUAACAUGGGGGCUGGUAAUCUGUACAGGGUAUUUUCCCGUUGGGCCGUCAAUUGGUUUGUUUUUCCUUACUAGGGAUAGUUUAGAGGGGGCAUACAAAUGGAUGGACGGACAGACAGACAGUGUAGAGAAACAUUUGAGUGUCGUGAUUCAAAAAGUGUCAAGAUUCACGUGCCAAAUGUCAAAUGCUAAAAGGAGACUGGCAUUUUGGGGUCGACAGUCCCGAGGGGUAGAUGCUGGGUUUUUUUUCAGGUUUUUUUGCUUGAUUGUUUGUUUAUUUUCUGACCAGACUGACACAACUGACCCCACAGACGGAUGAAUGGAUGGACGCAUGUAUGCCGUGAACAUUCUAGUCUUAAUUCGAUUCAAGUGUCGAGUUUCAUGUGUCAAAUAUCGGGGUGUCCGCUGCUGGGGACUGGACUGGUAAUCUGGCAUAUUGUACAGGGCAUUUCCCCUGUGGGCCGAUGACAGUUAGUCACCCGGGGCCCAAUACUAUUGUUUUUUUUGUUGCUUUGUUUGUACAGUAUUUGUGAGGGCCCAGUUUAAGCGUUUAGUUUUAAGCCAGUGUAAGUGUCUUGGUCCCAGUACAGCCUUGCAGGUGUCUGCUACGUGGGUUGUUGAGAGUUGGCAUCAGGAUUGGCCUAGAGACAAAUGUUGCUCUGAUUUUGGGGUCUGGGGGAAAUAUGGGACGAUGUGGCCAAGUUCUAAAGACCAUAUCCAACCAUAUGGACAGAUAGACAGACGGAUGGACAGUGUUAAGAGUGGAAUGUUGAGAGCCAUGUGUCGUGUGAUUUGAGUGUCUUUGUUAAUGUUUUCAGGCCGACCAGAACUGUGCUGGUGCCAGUGCCCACACCAGUUACGUUCCGCACUAAAGUGCUUACCUGCCAACCACCCGUGUUCACAACGGGCGCUGAACUUUUCCGCACGUGACCGUUACCCGGAUGAACCUGCCAUGGUUGUCGUCGCGGUUCGCAGAGAAAAAAACAAGUAUUUUUCGGUUCGCAUUGCAAACCAACUUUCCAGUUUCGCGAACGCUAAGAUCUGUGGCGUGAACACGCCGGCCGGUUCACAAUUAGGUGCGGGAACAGGCACCGGCACGGUUCUCAGUCGGCCUGAAUGCGCCAUCCGUAUAAGCCAUUCUGUGGCUCAAGAGGAAGGCCUUUUGGGGACUGGGAAUGAGGAGAGAGCCAGGUCCAGUAGUGCUCACGUUUAGAUCUGGGCGGCAUCCGGACAAGUUAGGGGAGAUGGGGGGUCAUUUCUGCCGUACAAAUGCAAAGUGCAGUAACUACACAUUUGGUCAAAAUUGAGUGGAGACUGAAAAUAGUCUUCAUUACAUCUCCUUUAUCUUGUGACAAAAGCCUUAUGGUCCAAAUGUGUCCCUUUUUAUUGACAGGUCAAAUUUUCAGU